ACUUUGGCAACGUUGUAAAAUCAAUCUACGCCGAAGUGCUUAAAUGAGAUGGCGUCGGUUUGUUAGUUUCCAAAAAUAUUAAAAAAUUGUGGAAAGUUCUUUUCAUAGCUGUCCCUUGUGAAGUUUGUUACUUUAUUUAAUAGUCAAGAAGUCUUCAGAACUCCCCGGCCAUGGCGUCGGAUCAAUUUUCCCUUCAUUGGGAUAAUUUUCAUAAUAAUAUGAGUUCAGGAAUGAAUUCAUUGUUAGAGAAUGAAGACUUAGUGGAUGUAACGUUGGCCGUCGAAGGCAAAUAUUUGAAGGCCCAUAAGAUAGUUUUGUCGGUUUGUAGUCCCUAUUUCAAGGAACUUUUCAAAGUGAAUCCCUGUAAACACCCAAUAGUGUUUAUGAAAGACGUUAGUUAUGUAGCAUUAAGUGAUUUACUGCAAUUCAUGUACCAAGGAGAGGUGCAAGUUAGUCAAGAUAGUUUAACGGCGUUCAUCAAGACUGCAGAGGCCUUACAAAUCAAGGGACUCACCGGUGAUAAUAAUGGUUCAAAUGACAAUGACGGUGAAACGGUUGAAAAACCGUCCCCGGCUAUACCAUCUCCUAGCCCGCAAUCUGUUGUCCAAGAAUACAAACCCCCUGUACAAAAGCAAAGAAAAAUCAUGCAGUCUUCGCCGGUGGUGCAACCAGCCCCAAAACGACAACGACUAACUUCCGAUUCUCAACCGACGCCUCCACCAAUAACAAAAACCGAACCGAUCUCAUCGGUUUUGACCCCAAGCAGUAGUAGCACCACAGAUCAAAUGGUACAAUUUAAAAUGGAACCAUACGAUCAAAGCCAAACUAUUAAUUUGGCUGACGAUGCUGCGGAUGACACUUUUGGCGACGACCACACUUUAGACGAAACUACAAUGGACGACACUGAGGAUUAUAACAUGAUGGAAGGGGGCGAAGAAGAGCCCCAGGCCGGAACUAGCACGGAAGUGGCAGGAGAAGGACAAGAUUUUAUUGAAGAGUUUAAAUAUAGCAUGAAAAGGAAGUAUUAUAAUUCGGGCAUAGUGGUCGAUGGUUUUACUUACCACUUAAACACAAAGAAAAAGGAAGAUUGUAAAAUGAGAUACCUAGUUUGCUCAGAGUAUAAGCGGCUCAUUUGCAAGGCUAGGGCGAUUUUGCCGAUAGACGGUACAACCGACGACUUGAUUUUAAAAAGGGAUCAUAACCAUCCUCCACAGCACACUGCCUCUGUACGUUCUCUAUUUAUGAGGGAGAUUAAGAGUUUAGUUUUUAAUCAGCCCUCAAGACCGCUUAAAGACAUCUAUGAGAACAUGGCUAUUUUGUAUCUUGGCUGCGCUGAACACAAAAAGUCCGGUUGCCGCGGCAGAGCUACGCUACCAUUGCACGGGAACAAUGACCAGCUUAGGUUGACCCAACCGCAUAAUCAUCCGCCCGAUGUGAAUGCGGAAGAAAAGGAAGCCUUUCUUAGAGGAUUAAAGAAAGCCGUCAGGUCAGCUCCGAUGCAGAAUGCCACUUUGAAGAAAGUCUACGAUACUUUGGCAGAAGUAUAUUUGGUUUGCUCAAACAGAGUAAGUCUGACGUGUAUGGCAAGGGCUUGGAUACCAAUAAAUGGAAACGUUGAGCAACUUGUGGCUUACCAACAACACAGUCAUCCUCCAGAUUUUGAUAAAAAAGAACGCGAAGAAAUUCGCAAACUGACUAAACAAUUUGCCCUUUCUUUACCUGGGAGUUCCAAGGAAGUUUACAAAAGAUGCCACGCUAGAGCAACAAUACCAUACGACGGUUCCAUUCAGGAUAUAAAAUUAAAUAAACCUCACAAUCAUCCACCUGAUUUUGCUGCUGAGGAAAAAAUUGUAUUCAUGAGAGAACUAAAGGAGGUUAUGUUAAAAAAUCCAACUGUACCUAGUCGCACGGUGUAUGCUACGUUAAGCGAAAUGUAUCCCAAUGCAGCCAGGGAAACUCCAUUCGAUACGAUUCGUCAUAAGAUGAAUAGAUGGAAAAGGCAAAAGGCGGAAAUUUCGAAAUAAGUCCUUGGUUUACUUUUUAAUUACUGUAGUAUGAUUAAGUUUUUGAUAUUAAUUUCAUUGUAGUUUUAAGUGUUUUAAUAAAUAAUUGGGUAAUGAAUU